AUGACUUAUGUCGCAAGCAGUCCUUCGAGUGGUCUGAAUGAAGCUAGGCCCGCCUUGAGCGGCCGAAGCUUGAAGGACCCAGAUGUCACUGCACUCUCUGGGUGCCCCGUGUCGACAGUGAACGAAGGUGGUAAGUCAGGGAACAAAAGCAACGCGCGCAAGCGAACCAAUACUGGCUCUGGUUCCUCAAGCGAGGCAACAACUGUGGCCAGCACGGGUCAUGAUUUGGCAUCGAAGGCAAGCUAUCCAUUCUUGCCAAAUGUUGUGCAAGCAGAUCUGAGCAGGUCCUUGCCAACACGUUUUGGAAAGGAACAGGCUUUAACGGGAUGGUGCAUUCGCAGCAAGUCAAGCAAAGCGUUAGCACCAUCCUCAUCAAAGCUUUGCAGACUUGCCAGAGGCAACAGCCAGCUGCCGACGAUCGAUGCUGCCAGUCUGGCAGGAUUGAUGAAGAUCCUGAACCAGGUUGAGGCGUACUUUUCAAGCUUGUCCAUGCUGCCCGCGACUCCUAUGCUGUUUCGGCACAACAACUUCUACACGCCUUGCAGCCUCGAGAUUUGUGUUGGUCAGAAAGUGGUGUUGUGCCCGCUGGUAUCUCACCCGCCAGGCUGUUGCCUUGUCGUUGUUCCGAAGCUUCCGCUUGGACUAGCGCUCGACGAGCGAUCCGGCUUGGUGCAUGGCAGGCCACAGGAGCCAACCCCAGGACAAGUGAAGUAUCACGUUGUUGCCCACAACCCGACGCGAUUUCCACCGAAGGCCCAUGUGGCAUGUAUCGAGCUCACGGUCAUCGACGGGUGGCCAGCGAGUGACGGAGAGGGCCCGGAGUCCGAAGGUGCUUCAUCUUGUGAUUGA